AUGUCAGUACCAAAAGCGGUAACCCGAGCUACACUCGGGCUUACCAUGCGGCGUUGCUCAGGGAGUCCCUGCAGCAUUUACCUUGUCCUUCGCUCCCACGAUGUGUCCCCUGCAGUGUCCCCGGCCAUCUCCUCCAUCCGAUGCUGGCAUCCUGCUUCCGUGUUCCGGUCCCUGUGACGUCGGGACAUACGGGCGCCGGAACCGGCGGCAAAUUUGAAAUUUUUAAAAAAUUUCAUUUUUUUAAAAAUGAUUAUUACAUAUGCUUUGUCCUGUGCCCUGCCUGCAUUUUAACUGUUCUUUCUG